CAGCCUCCAGACCCUCGUGCUCGUCAUCCGCUGCUUCGCUGAGCGGCUGCGCCUCAUCCUCACCUCGCCUGCUCCCCGAUUCCUGCGUGCGCGCCACACGCUCUCUUCGCCCCGUCAUCGUCCUCGCGCCGCAGCCGCAGCCACGACGCACGCACCCCAGCCGCAGCACGAGCCCGCCGCAGCGAGAUCCGCCUGCGCUGCCGCCUGCGCCAGAUUCGCCCGAGCGCACGAGACCCUCGCGCUGCCGUCAGCCGCAGCCGCACAGCCGGCCGCCGCAUCUCUUGGCGCUCCACCUCGCCUGAUUCCCAGCUCAGCGCUCGACUCCGUCCUCGUCGUCGUCCAUCCUCGCCACACCCGCACCUUCCUUUGCAACUCGCUCACCCCUCACACGCCGCAACGACACCUCACGACCCGACAUCGCACUGCGCACGCACUGCGCCACACACCUCUGCGCCGCCUUCUGAGCGCCCCUGCGGCCCGCACACAUGCGCCUCUCUCUGGCCUGGGCCGCGUGCCUCGCCAGCCUCGCCGCUGUCGUGCCCAGCGCUGUCGCAUCGAGCACGCGCGACCUGCCGCUCAGCCGCUUCUCGCACGCCAGCAACAUCGACUUUGAGCUCGUAGCACCACGGCAUGCCUCACAUCCGCGCGCACACGCCUCUCCCCUGCAGCGGCGCAGCGCCGGCGAGCUGCUGGCGACGGACUCGUUCCGGCUAAGCAUGCGCGCGUUCGGGCAGGACUUCCACCUGCACCUCGAGCCCAACGACGACAUUGUGCACCCCGACGGCGCCGUCGUCAAGUACUAUGCGCCCGACGGCAGCGUCGAGCGCGAGGAGCGCAUCCUGCCCGGCGACGUGCGCGCCUACCACGGCGUCGUCGUGCACCCCGAGUGGUCGCGCGAGCGCAUGGCAGAGGACCGCGCCGGCCUGCGCCGCGACCUGGGCCCUGAGUCGGCGACGGAGAGUGGCGUGAUGGGCCGUGCCGCAAUUGUCGUCCACGACGACGGCUCGGCCUCGUCGACUCCCUCUUUCGAGGGCAGCUUCACCUGGGGUGGCAACACGCACUUCAUCCAGGUGGCGCAGGACUACGAGUCCUCGCGCAGCGAGCACGACCCGGCCGUGUCGAAGCGCAGCAUCGAGCGCGGCUCGCUCGUCGUGCACCGCAACAGCGACAUCAUGAGCGCCCACGAGGCGCGUGCGCUGGGCAUCCGUUCCGCCGCCGAGGUCAGCGAGGCGGCCGCCGGCUGCUCCAGCGACGCGCACGAGUACAACCUCAACAACCCGCUCAUCUUCAGCGAGAAGAACAACAACGAGUUCAGCGCUAAGCCCGUCAGCUUCUUCGCCGUGCCCAAGGACGGCUCGUCCAAGUCGCGCCGCUCGCUCUACCCCAACCUCGCCGCGCUGCUGGGCCGCAGCGGCGACGAGGACAUGCUUGAGCGCGACGCAGCCUCGCUCGUCGGCUCGGCCGACUUCUCGCGCCGCUUUGCCUACCACGACCCGCUCGUGCGGCGGCAGAGCACGGGUGGCGACAUUCAGACGGGCAACAGCCUGAGCAACGACUCGUACAUCGACAACAUCGGCUCGACGUCGGGCUGCCCGACGACCGUGCAGGUCAUCUACGUCGGCAUGGCGUCGGACUGCACGUACACCGAGGCGCUCGGCGGCCAGGACAACGCCCGCCGCGGCCUGCUGAGCCGCAUGAACGACGUCUCCAACCUCUACCGCACCACGUUCCGCAUCGCCGUCGGCGUGGUGCAGCUUGACGUGCGCUCGCCGACGUGCCCGGGCACGCCGCCGUCCGACGCAACGUGGAACCAGGCCUGCGGCGGCAGUACGAUCGACCAGCGUCUCAGCCAGUUCAGCCAGUGGCGCGGCAACCAGGAUGCCAACGGCACCGGCCUGUGGCACCUGCUCACGACGUGCGCCUCCGGCUCCGAGGUCGGCGUGGCGUGGCUCGGCACGGUCUGCAAGACGGACGCCACCAGCAGCGGCGGCGAUGUGAUCAGCGGCACGGGUGUGACGUCGCAGACGCCGCGCGAUGCCCAGGUCAUCGCACACGAGAUGGGACACAACUUCGGCGCCAUCCACGACUGCUCCUCGAGCUGCCGACUGUCCGGCUCGACGGCCUCGCAGACGAACGGUGCCACGUGCUGCCCGCAGUCUGCCUCGUCGUGCAACGACAGCGGCGGGCACAUCAUGAGCCCGGUGUCGCAGCCCGACGCCGCGACAUUCUCGCCGUGCUCCAUCGGCAACGUGUGCUCUCUGCUCGCGCGCGGCCUGGACACGAGCUGCAUCGUGGCGCCCGGUCAGCGCCAGACGCUCAGCGUGCAGCAGUGCGGCAACGGCAUCAUCGAGGAGGGCGAGGAGUGCGACGCCGGCACGUCCGGCUCGCGCUGCUGCUCUGCCGACUGCCGGCUGACGUCCGGCUCUGUCUGCGACCCGGACUCUUCGGCCUGCUGCACGGACAGCUGCCAGUUCGCCAGCGCGGGCACCGUGUGCCGGCCUGCGAUCGACGACCGCUGCGACACGGCCGAGACGUGCCCUGGCGGAACGGAUGCGUGCCCGGCCGACGUGCGCAAGGACAACGGCGCAUCGUGUGGCAACGGCCUGUCGUGUGCCGCCGGCCACUGCACGAGCCGCGACCUGCAGUGCCAGCAGCAGGGCUCGGAGCUCAACCUGCAGCAGGCGUGUCCCGUCACUGCCGACAAUGCAUGCAGCGUCAGCUGCCGCAACCCGCGGCAGAGCAACAGCUGCAUCGUGCUGCAGCAGAACUUCAUCGACGGCACGGCGUGCGGCUACGGCGGCUUCUGCGAGGGCGGCUCGUGCCGCUCGGGCUCGUGGCAGGACACGUUCCGCGGCUGGUACACCAACAACCUGCGCAUCUCCAUUCCCGUCACCAUCGUCGUCGGCAUCAUUGUGCUGCUCAUCCUCUGGGCCGUCACGCGCUGCAUCAUCAACGCCUGCACGCGCCACAACCGCGCCCACAAGGUGCCGGCCUCGAGGGCAUGGUCGCGCGCCGGCGGCGACCACAACUACGGCCCGCCGCCGCAGCACCUCUCGACGCGCAUGUCGCAGCAGCAGCCGUACGGCGGCAGCUACGACACAUACAUGCCGCCGACGAGCGCGCCGCCGAACCAGGGGCCCAUCUACCAGGACCAGGGCGGCUACCGGCGAUGAGCCAGCCCUCGCUCGUCCGGCUUUGCUUCUCUUCCCUUCCUCCCAGACGACUUCUCUCUCUCUCCGGGUCACGCUACUCCUCCACUGUCAUUUGGCCUCGACCAUCACUGGGACUGGGCAUUGUGCAUCUAUACAUUCCGCAGCGCUGCUUCGACGACAUUUCCCAAUGACUGCACCUGUACAUACAAUCCACGCUGCUACGCAUGAUUACGCACCUCACGAGCACAG